AUGGCAUACAAUCUGUUGCUUUCUGUCUACAUUAUCACCUUCCUCAUGGGAGUUCCCGCCAACAUCCUGGCAUUUGGUACCUUCUGCCGCAAGGUGUAUCGCAAGCCAACCCCGAUAGACAUCCUCCUCCUCAACCUGACCAUCUCCGACCUGAUUUUCCUGGCUUUGCUGCCUUUUAAAAUGAAGGAGGCCUUUGAUGACAUGGAGUGGUUGCUGCCCUACUCCCUCUGUCCCUUCACUGGGUUUCUCUUCUAUGUCACCAUCUACAACAGCACCCUGCUGCUCACCGCCGUGAGUGUGGAGCGUUACCUAGGGGUCGCCCACCCCAUCAGGCAUUCCCUCCAUCGGCGGCCUCGUUAUGCUUUGUUGGCCUGUGUCAUGUUCUGGUUGCUAACGUCUCUGAACCUCAUCGUCGUCUACAUCAUGCCUUACCUCCAGUGGAGACACACCAAUGGCAGCACUCCCGCCACACCUCCACCUAGCUGCUACCUGAAUUUCUCAGACAAAGAGCUUGCAAUCCUGCUGCCGUUCCGCCUCGAGCUCUUCCUCGUCCUCUUCUGCAUCCCCUUCAUCAUCUGCUGCUUCUGCUACGUCAACCUAAUCCUUAUCCUGUCCCGUCUCCCAAAUAUCAGCAGGCGGCGGAGGCUGCAAUGCAUUGGUCUGGCUCUUGGCACACUGAUCGUAUUCUGCGUCUGUUUUGGUCCUUACAACAUCUCCCAUGUGGUAGGCUUUGUCAAUAAGGAGAAUCAGGAGUGGAGGACUGUGGCGUUGCUUUCCAGCACCUUAAAUGCCUGCCUGGAUCCAUUUAUCUUCUACUUGUCCUCGUCAGCCGUUAGAAGCAUGUUAAAGCACUGCUUCAGGAACAUCACAGCAAAGCUGCACAUCCUGCGGUGUGAAGAGACUCAACACCGUCCUCAACAGAAACCAGAAACUGAAAAAUACAAGAAAGCGGAACCUUCUUGA